CGGCGCUGGAGGACGAUGGUGGCUGAGCUGCUGGGGGCGGAGGCUCCGUAGCCCCCGCGGAAAAGGAGCCCGGCGGCGCCUGCCCAGCCGAGCCGAGGAUGGAGAACCGGCCGGGGUCCUUCCAGUACGUCCCGGUGCAGCUGCAAGGGGGGGCGCCCUGGGGCUUCACCCUGAAGGGGGGCUUGGAGCACUGCGAGCCGCUCACGGUGUCGAAGAUUGAAGAUGGAGGCAAGGCGGCCUUGUCCCAGAAGAUGCGGACUGGUGAUGAACUGGUGAAUAUCAAUGGCACUCCAUUGUAUGGCUCCCGCCAAGAGGCCCUCAUCCUGAUCAAAGGCUCCUUCAGGAUCCUCAAGCUGAUUGUCAGGAGGAGAAACACCCCUGUGAGUAGGCCGCACUCAUGGCAUGUGGCCAAGCUAUUGGAGGGGUGCCCUGACGUGGCCACCACCAUGCAUUUCCCUUCUGAAGCCUUCAGCUUGUCCUGGCAUUCUGGUUGCAACACAAGUUGCAUGAGUGUACAGUGGUGCCCCCUCCCGCAUUGCAGCACUGAGAAAAGCAGCCCAUUGGCAUGGAGAGCCUGAACAGCAGGCCAAGCUACCCACGAUGGCCACCUCUUACCCAUUGAGCAGAACAUGUACCCCAGCCAGCGUGACUCAGCCUACAGCUCUUUCUCAGCCAGCUCAAAUGCCUCUGACUGUGCCCUUUCCCUUAAGCCAGAGGAACCACCCUCUACAGACUGUGUCAUGUCAGCCCCAGGGCCGACUAAAGUCACUGAUGACCAAGCUAAUGUAUCUGAGACCUCAGGAAGUAGCCAUAGUACCAGUGGGGGCCACAUGACCUCCACUUCCCAUGCAUCAUCCUGCUCAGAAGAAGGGCACCACUCAGGACCUGCCAAGAUGGUGCGGGGUCCACCAGAGCCUCCAGUGAGGCGGGACAGCCUUCAGGCCUCUAGAGCCAAAUCUCUCAAUGGAGAGCAGCAUCCAUCUGAACCUGUGGACUUAACAAAGGAAAACCCAGCCUUAGAGACAAUGCUGCCCCCAAGGAGCUCUAACCAGUUCUGCUGCAUUAGUGGGCAAGACCAGGUGACAGGUGAGGACCACCAGAACUGUGAGCUCAGCAAGCCUUCUGAAUCCAGCCAGGAUGACUGUGAGCAUCUACUGAUAGAGGGCUCCUCCAAAGCUCUUGAUUCUCCAAAGGCCCAUGACAAAGGUUCCAACAAAGAGUUCGGCCUGCUUAAGGAGGCUUCAGCAGAUCUGGCUAACACUUUGUCUUUUGGUGCCAUCCCGCACCUCCGAGGAAGCAUAGAACAUCGCCAUAGUGCUCCUGAACAGCUGUUGGCAUCCCACUUGCAGCAGAUGCACCUUGAUUCCAGAGGCAACAAGGGGAUGGAGUUGCCGACUGGGCAGGAUGGACACCAGUGGACCAUGUCCCCUUUGCACAACAACCCUAAAGGGAAGAAAAGUCCAGGUCUCCCCACAGGAAGUACCCAGGACCAGACCAGCAAAGAAAGGAAGACCAAGCCCACAGAUGAUAAGCUGAUGGUUUCUGUACACCAGAGCCAAAGUGAUGCCCUACUUGGAGAGGUCGAUGGACACCCAUCAGAACGAACUUACCUAGACUCAAACCGAGCAAGCAGAGCAAGCAGUGACUCGACUAGCCAGCAGCCCUCUGCCACUUGCUCCCCUGUUCAACAAACCAGAGACUUCUUUUCAGCCAAUAAAGUAGUUGGUCACACUGAAGCAACUGAAGAAGGUGACAAUGAGCCUAAGGAAGGUGGCCGAUUGGGUGGCAGAAGAAGCGGAGGCCCCCGAGGUCGCUCCAUCCAAAACCGACGGAAGAGUGAGAGGUUCGCUACCAAUCUACGGAAUGAAAUUCAGAGGAGGAAAGCCCAGCUCCAGAAAAGUAAGGGCCCCUUGUCACAAUUGUGUGACACUAAGGAAGAUGUGGAAGAGACCCAAGAGCCUCCAGAAAGCCCUCCACUCCCUGCUUCUAACUCAUCUCUUCUCCCUUCAUAUAAGAACGUCCCUAGCCGUGGAGAUCAGCCCUUUAACAAAAGCAUGAUUCUCAGGGCUAGAUCUUCAGAAUGCCUCAGCCAAGCCUCAGAGAGCUCUAAAGCGAGGGUAGGCUUAGAGGGAAGAAUGAGCCCUGGCCAGAGGUCUGGCCAGUCUUCUUUGGCCCUGAACACAUGGUGGAAGGCAUCUGACUCAUCCACCUUAGACACUGAGAAAGCAAAUGCUCACCACGGGGUCUGUAGAGGUCAUUGGAGAUGGUCUCCAGAACAUAACGCACAGCCACAGGUGGCACUAUCCACAGAGGGUCCUUCCAACCCAGAUGACAACAAAGAAUUGAAGAUGCCUACUCCUCAGGCUGGGGAUGAAGCCGUCCUCAUGCCAUUUGCAGACAGAAGAAAGUUCUUUGAAGAGAGCAGCAAAUCUUUAUCUACAUCUCAUUUGCCAGGCUUAACCACUCAUAACAAGCCAUUUAUCCAGAGAUCAAAACCUAUAGAUCAAAACUUCCAGUCAGUGAGCUAUAGGGAAUUAAGAUGUCAUCCUAUGGACCAAUCAUAUCAUUCUGCAGACCAACCAUACCAUGCUGCCGACCAAUCAUAUCAUUCCUUGUCACCACUUCAGUCAGAAGCUCCCACUUACCCAGACUGCUUUGCUCCCAAAGGCGUAGAUAAUUCCCUGUACUGUAAGCCACUGCACCAUGGGGAUUAUGAUUACCACAGGACCUGUUCUCAUCCCUGCAGUGCUCAGGGAACUGUAAUGCAUGAUCCUUGCAUUUGCUGUUCUGGAGAAAUUUGCCCUGCCUUGCUAAAGAGAAAUUUGUUGCCAAAAUGCCACAACUGUAGGUGUCACCAUCACCAAUGCAUCCGGUGUACAGGUUGCUGUCACAGUCCUCAGCAUGGUGCCCAUGAGGACAGCAGUAUGGCAUCUGGCAAUGCUUGGAAAUCCAGGAAGGCAGCCAUACAGGAAUUUCCUGUGGACAAGUGGAAGCCAAUAACAGGAAACAGGAAAACUAGUCAUUCCGGGAGGGAAAUGGCUCAUUCUAAGGCCAACUUGUCAUUGUCUGCUCCCUUCCGGCCUCACAUUGAGAACUCAGCACUGGACUUGUCAAACUACCGAACAGUCUCUUCGCUUGACCUCCUUGGAGACUUCCAACAUGCCUCGAACACACCAGAGGAAUCUUCAGUUUAUGAGGAGGAGAGCGCCGCUGCCUCCAUGCCCCGCCCACUGCGGAGCCGAGCCUUCUCUGAGAGUCACAUCAGUUUAGAGCCACAAAACACCCGGGCCUGGGGAAAACAGCAGAGGGAAUCAUUUAGUAAAGGCAGUGAGACUCAGCCAGAUACUCUUGGGGCCCGAAAGAAGGCCUUUCCUCCCCCUCGCCCUCCUCCUCCCAACUGGGAAAAAUAUAGGCUCUUCCGUGCAGCGCAGCAGCAGCAGCAGCAGCAGCAGCAGCAGCAGCAGCAGCAGCAGCAAUGUGAAAAGGAAGAAGAGGAGGAGAAGGAGCAAGAGGAGGAGGGAGAGAAAGAGGAGGACCUACCGCCCCAGUAUUUUAGUUCAGAAACCACUGGAUCAUGUGCCCCUAUUACAGAGGAGCAGCCACAGUCCCUGAAGAUGGGCCACCAGGAAGCCUCAAGGCAGAGUUCACAGAGCCUCCAAGAGCAAGAGGCCUAUGCUGUGCAUCCCAGCAAUUUUGUGCCUGCAGUAAGGGGCUGCCCUGUAACCCAGCCUGAGAAAGCUCAACCUCCUUGCUAUUACGGCACUCAUGGACUGUGGAGGACAACUGAGCAAGAAGCUACUGUGACCCCAAAACAAGAGUUUCAGCACUUCUCACCUCCUACAGGGGCCUCAGGAAUCCCUACCUCUUACUCAGCUUAUUAUAAUAUCUCUGUGGCCAAGGCAGAACUGCUGAACAAGUUAAAACAGCAGCCUGAGAUGGCUGAGGCAGGCCUGGGAGAGGAGGGAGUUGACUAUGAACUGGCUCAAAAAAAGAUUCAGCUCAUUGAGAGCAUUAGUCGAAAACUUUCUGUCCUGCGGGAGGCCCAGCGUGGGCUACUGGAUGACAUCAAUGCCAACGCUGCCCUUGGAGAGGAGGUGGAGGUCAACUUAAAGUGUCUCUGCAAGUCCAAUGAGUUGGAAAAAGUAUCAUUUGUUUGUGGAGACCUGGACAAAGUGACCAACCUGUUGUUGUCACUCUCUCUGGACGACUGGCCCGGGUAGAAGGCAGCUCUCAGCAUUGAUGCCGAGUCUAACAGGAGAAAAUUUACAGAUGGGUUGGUGCUGAGAGAGAAGAAGCAGCAGCUGACGAACCAGUUGGCAGAUGCCAAAGAGCUGAAGGAGCAUGUGGACCGCAGGGAGAAGCUGGUGUUCAGCAUGGUCUCCCGCUACCUGCCGCAGGACCAGCUCCAAGAUUACCAGCACUUUGUGAAGAUGAAAUCCGCCCUCAUCAUUGAGCAGAGAGAGCUGGAGGAGAAGAUCAAACUUGGAGAAGAACAGCUUAAAUGCCUCAAAGAGAGCCUGCACUUGGGGCCCAGCAAUUUCCUAGUAAUUACAGCAGAAGUGUGCACAUUGCACCAGUGGAAAGGGCCUCAAUCUUUAGGAGCAGUUUGUUAGCCAAGUAUAUCAAAACUACUUAGCAGAUGAGUCCAGCCAUCUACCUUGGCCAGCCAUCAAGGAGAGCCUGGGAAGGCCCCAUGCUUCUCUCCUAUGGAGCUGCAGCGAGGUAUGGCUACACUGCCAUGCUCUUUCUCAGUAAAUGAGACUUAAAAAGUGCCUUCAUCUCUGUACCAGAAUACCAAAGACUUCACAAACUCAAUGCUCUCCCUUGCCACACUACCCUCCUACCCUCUUGAGGUUCAAAGCUAACCACAGUGCAAUUUUCCCUCUUCCCUAGGGGAUAGUGACCUAGCUAGCCAUUGUCCCACACAGAUGUGCUUGAUUUGAAUACAUU